AUGGGUCAGGGUUUCUCACUGACUGCCCCUCCGGCGGGGGCAGCCGGUAUUGAUGUCCCUGAGUUGGCAGACUUGACCUACGAGAAGGUCAUCGGCCAAGCCCGCUUCAUGAAGAGCAUACGUGCCAGACACAACGAUGGAGUCGUGCUCGUCAAAGUGCUCGUCAAGCCGUAUGCUAUGUCGUUGGUACGGUACAAAAAGAAGAUCAUCCGAGAAAGAAAUGCGCUUGCCAACGUUCCCAACGCGCUUCCAUAUCAGCGAGCGAUCGAGACCGAAACCAACGGCUACCUGGUUCGACAGUUCUUUUACAACUCUCUAUACGACCGACUCAGUACCAGACCAUUCCUCGAGGACAUGGAGAAGCGUUGGCUGGCAUUCCAGCUCUUGUGCGCGUUGCGCGACUGCCAUGCCAAAGAGAUAUAUCACGGAGACAUCAAGACGGAAAAUACGCUAGUGACGUCCUGGAACUGGCUCUACAUCUCGGACUUUUCGUCAUCCUUCAAGCCCGUCAUGCUGCCGGAAGACAAUCCCGCCGACUUCUCCUACUUCUUUGAUACAUCUGGCCGAAGGACAUGUUAUUUGGCCCCGGAGAGGUUUUUUCCUCCCGGUCAAGAACCGGAUCCAAACGCGAAGAUUACGUGGGCCAUGGACGUCUUCAGCGCUGGAUGUGUCAUUGCCGAACUGUUCCUCGAAACACCCAUAUUCAACCUGAGCCAGCUGUACAAAUACCGAAGGGGUGAAUAUGACCCAUCCAUUUCGCAUCUAAGUCGCAUCCCGGAUAAGGACUUGCGCGAGAUGAUCGCCCACAUGAUUCAGGUCGAUCCGCAAAAGCGCUACUCAGCCGAGCAGUAUCUCGAGUUUUGGAAGGACAAGGUGUUUCCAGGGUACUUUUACAACUUUCUACAUCAGUAUAUGCAGUCGAUUACCGACCUUUCAACCGGAAACUCGAGAAUUGGCGAAGCAGACCAGAGGAUUGAGAGGGUCUGGAACGACUUUGACAAGAUUUCCUACUUCCUUGGCUAUGAGAACGGGGAUGACCGAUACGGGAAUCACAUGCUGUCGCCGAGGCUGGGUUUAGGACUCUUCCCAGUCCGACUCAACAUUCCCAAUACUGAACAUUAUGUUUCGGCGAACAAGCAACCUACCACUGAUGAUGGAACACUCAUCUUCCUUACCCUAGUCGCGUCUUCCUUGCGUAACACCGCACAUGCGACCGCAAAGAUCAAGGCGUGUGAUAUCAUGCUAGCGUUCGCUGAACGGCUAACCGAUGAAGCAAAGCUAGAUCGAGUCUUGCCGUACCUGAUGACCCUCUUGACCGACAAGUGCGACAGGGUGGUGAUAUCUGCGCUGCGUAGCAUAACGCAGCUUCUCGAUCUGGUCAGAGUCAUCACCCCCGUUAACUCGCACAUAUUCCUAGAGUACAUUUUGCCCAGGAUGCAGGUUGCCCUCUUGGGGUCUCAGGGGGCUCCGAGCCCUGUGGUAAGGGCCACGUAUGCAGCAUGUCUAGGAAAACUGGCAACAACUGCGUACCGAUUCCUCGCAAUGGCUGCAACGCUCCGGGCUGAUGGAUCAGUAACUAUUUCAGAUCCAGAACUUGAACCAGGGAACGAGACGAACACGGCUCUUGAUGGGCUGUUUGACAGUUCCCGCCAGGACCUGGUAGACCUCUUUGAGACACAUACGAAGAUGCUCAUCGAAGACCUCAAUCCCUUUGUUCGAAGAGCCUUUCUUAGCUCAGUGCCAGAUUUGUGCAUCUUCUUCGGCGUUGCAAAGGCGAACGACGUAAUCAUCGCACAUCUCAACACCUACCUUAACGACCGUGACUGGAUGUUGCGGUAUGCGUUUUUCGACACUGUUGUGGGCAUAUCAGCAUUUAUGGGAAGCAGUACCCUCGAAAGCUUCAUUUUACCCCUCAUCAUCCAGGCGGUGGAUGAUCCAGAAGAGUUUGUGGUACAAGGGGCGCUUCAAUCGCUGGCAGAGCUGACCCGGCUAGGGCUCUUGACCAAGGAGGCAUUUGUUGACCUCGUUGCCCUUGUUGGGCGCUUUACGAUGCACCCCAACGUGUGGAUUCGCGAAGCGGCUGCUCAUUUCAUCGCAGCCGGAAACGAGUUCCUGAGCUCUGCCUAUCUCAAGGUUUCGAUUUACCCACAGCUGAAGCCCUUCUUGAAGCCAGAUAUUAUUCCUGGUUGGUCGGAACUACAACUCCUUGAUUCGCUACAAAAGCCGCUCUCGCGCAACGUCUUUGAACUGGCUAUGCAAUGGGCUGCAAAAGCAGAGAAGAGCGGCUUCUGGAAGCCUCCUAAACGGUCGUGGGAUGCUCGCACUGUAACGAAACUCCCGAAAACAGAUGAGGAUGAGCAGUGGUUGAGCCGCUUGAGGACUGCCGGCCUUUCGCAGGCGGACGAAAUCAAACUCAUUAUGCUGCGAGAAUUCAUAUGGCGUCUUGUCCAGAUGAAAGGGAGGGACUCGACAGAGCUGCAGAUGGAGAAGAGGUCUGAACUCGAGGACAUCAUCCCUCUGCGAAACCUGGGUAUUACACCUCAGACCGUUAUGUUCGAAGAGGAACCCAUUCGCUAUCCUGCUCCGCAAUUAGACGACGAUGACACAGCUCCUAAGACUAUCCAGGAGGCUCUCCUCGAUGCGUCGCUCACUAUUGGUGAUCCACUCAGUCAACGGCGUCGGGCCGCGCUUGAUAAGCAGAAGUCUAAGUCGGUUCCAUCCAUCUCCGUGGACGGCAGGCCUGCUACAGGCAGUAAUGGCGAAAACUCAAGAAACGCUUUGAGACAGUCGGUAUCUCAUCAGAGUCGUGCAUCUCUGCUCUCCCCUCAUGACGACGUGGGGUCUGCUCACUAUUCCCCGUACGAAACAAGGAGGGCCUUGAAGCACCAGUCUAGCGCGAUGAGCCUGAUGAAUCGUAAGGACAGCGCCAAAUCCGGCCCUGAGACCGGUACUACGGAAACCAAUGCCUUUGGGGAGGUUGAAGCGCCCCUCACUCAGCAUUACCAAGGAAUUCAUAUUAGGUCCCCAGAUUCUGAAAGCAUGCCGCCAACGCCCGGUAUUAAGCUGCGCGUGAAUCAUGACUACCAUGGGAACGAUCCGCAUAUUCUCAAGAUGUUGGAUACCAUGUACGUUGAGAACUACCCGCACGAUCUUGCCGAAUUUGGCCCAGAGGUUACACCCAUCGGGCGCCGCAAGACUGGCAAGAUUAUCAGUUCCCAACCAGGGAAGCAAAGGGAAAACGGAUGGAAACCGAGAGGAGAGACUAUUGCGUCAUUCGUUGAGCAUGUCGGGGCCAUCAAUCGGAUCGUGGUUGCUCCAGACCACCAGUUCUUCCUGACUGGUGGCGACGACGGGACCGUCAAGGUUUGGGACUCAGCUAGGUUUGAGAAGAUUAAUAUUCACAAACCUCGCCUCACCCAUCGACACGCCCCUGGAGCCAAAGUUCGUGCGCUAUGCUUCAUUGAGAACACGCAUAGCUUUGUCAGUUGCGCCACAGAUGGCAGCGUACACAUAGUCAAGGUUGAGACCUACUUACAGGGCGAGAGCUAUCGGUAUACUCGUCUUCGCACAGUCAGAGAACAUCGCUUUGUCGGCGGCGAGUUUGGCGUGUGGUGCGAACACUACAAGCUGGACAACGAGUCCAUUCUUAUUGUAGCCACCAACAAGUCAGUCGUCUGGGGCAUGGAGCUCCGAACCAUGACAUUGCUCUUCAAGCUAGAGAAUCCGGUCCAUCACGGCACACCAACCUGUUUCUGCAUCGACAACAAGAAAAACUGGUUGUGUCUGGGCACCUCCCACGGCGUUCUGGACCUGUGGGAUCUCCGCUUCAAAGUGAAGCUCAAGAGCUGGGGCGUGCCCGGCAAGGGUUCCAUCUACCGGCUCUCCAUCCACCCCUCCCGCGGCCGAGGCCGCUGGGUGUGCGCAUCUGGCGGAACGGGUCAAGGCGAAGUCACAGUCUGGGACAUCGAAAAAGCCACAUGCCGCGAAGUCUACCGCGUUGGCGGCAACAAGGAAGGUCCUAAGGGGUACGAUGCCUGGCAAGUCGAUGAGGACAAGCCUUCCGAGGGGCAAGGGCAGAUGCUCUCGCGUUUCGCGACCAACAUCGAGCCCAACGCCAUGGGCAACGCCGACCGGGGGGUGAGGGCCCUUGUCUUCGGCUGGGGCAUCACGGACGCAGCUACGGUCGAAGAACAGCCGCCGCCGCCGCUGCAGGAACGCGACGUCCGCUAUGCCUUCAUGGUCACGGGCGGGAGCGACAAGAAGCUAAGAUUCUGGGAUUUGACGCAUGUCAGUCAGAGCAGGAUCUACUCGGGCUUGCAGCUUGGUGAGACGGCGCCGAGUUAUACGGCUAGUCAUCCCACUCCGUCCAUGAUUCUCAAUACCGAGCGGCUGCAUGGGAAGUCUUCUUCGGGUCGGUCUGGUGCUGCUGGUGGCAGCACUACAGGGCAGGGGGUUAAUGGUAAGUCAUCGUCAUCGGCCAACCCGUCUAGCUCACAACAAAAAAUGCGGCCGUCUAGAACCAAGAUCAUCUCACAAGAACAUUUCCGGUUGUUGAGGAGUCAUUUGGAUUCUAUACUGGAUGUGGCGCUGGUGGAGUCGCCUUAUCCGAUGACGGUUUCUUGUGAUAGAGGGGGCAUGGUGCUUAUCAUCAGGUGA